CCGUGAUGUCACUUCCUGCGGCACGCAGGAAACAGGGUCCUAGUUCACGCGAUAAUAAUCGGGACAACGAGAUUCUCAGCGGCACUUGUAGUCUACGGCUCACGCACGCGCGCACACACCCUCUCCCCCCGCCCGGGAUUGGGGUGUCUGGGAGCGCGGCGAGGUGGGCGGGCCUGCUCUGCGUCUCCGCUGCGAGAGAGUUUGACACUAAUGGGCGGGGGGAGGGCAUACACAGCUCUCCGCGCUGACUGCUCCGAGGACGGCCGCCACAGACGCAGGCGUUGGGGCGCCGGGAGGGGCGGGGUGUGUCCGCCAUGUUGGUGGAGGCGGAGGGCGGCGACUGAGCGGCGGGCCCGCGGGUGCGGUCCGCCACAGUGCCCGAAAGACGGGCGCCAGGGAGGGGCAGGGAGAUGCCGACCAACUGCGCGGCGGCGGGCUGCGCGGCCACCUACGACAAGCACGUCGACGUCAGCUUCCACAGGUUUCCUUUGGAUCCUAAAAGAAGAAAAGAAUGGGUUCGCCUGGUUAGGCGCAAAAAUUUUGUGCCAGGAAAACACACUUUUCUUUGUUCAAAGCACUUUGAAGCCUCCUGUUUUGACCUAACAGGACAAACUCGACGACUUAAAAUGGAUGCUGUUCCAACCAUUUUUGAUUUUUGUACCCAUAUAAAGUCUAUGAAACUGAAGUCAAGGAAUCUUUUGAAGAAAAACAACACUUGUACCCCAACCGGACCAUCUAAUUUAAAAUCCAACAUUAGUAGUCAGCAAGUACUACUUGAACACAGUUAUGCCUUUAGGAAUCCUAUGGAGGCAAAAAAGAGGAUAAUUAAACUGGAAAAAGAAAUAGCAAGCUUAAGAAGGAAAAUGAAAACUUGCCUACAAAAAGAGCGCAGAGCAACUCGAAGAUGGAUGAAAGCCACAUGCUUGGUGAAGAAUCUAGAAGCAAAUAACAUAUUACCCAAGGGCACAUCAGAACACAUUUUACCAACUGCCUUAAGCAGUCUUCCUUUGGAAGACUUCAAGAUACUUGAACAAGAUCAACAAGGUAAAACGUUACCAAUUCUCUAAAUCUAAAAUAGACCAAGAGUACCUUCAUUUAUGAUUACCCUGCGUAGAACUUGAUGCCCAUCUUUCAUUCUAUUCAAAGGUAAAGAUAUUUAAGGAAAUUAUGCCAAAAGUGGGUAUUUAAUCAAGUUUUACUUGAAGUAACAUUACUACUGUAUAAUUUAUGAAGACUUGAUUACAAAAAAUAUAGAAAACUUUCCAUGAAACUUUUAUUUGAAAAAGAAUGGAAGUGCCUUACAUGAGAAUUACGUACCUAAAAAUUUUCCUAGUAAAUUGUAUAUUUGCAAGGUGUUUUGUGUUUUUGUCUUUUAAAACUACUUUUAAAGAACACUCUAUGACAACUAAUGUGUUUUAUUUAUAUUAGAAGAAAAUUUUUUUCCUCUACCAAAGUUGGGAUAUUACUUUCUAAAUAAGAUGGUAAGUAGGAGUUAACCAACAUUAAAUAUGACUUUAAAACUGCUGAGGUUUGUAUUAUUAUUGGCACUGUGAUUUGGAACAUUUAUAGAAAAAAACCUGAGGUACAGGGCAAGUUCUUUUAUUUAAACUUUCUGUAUCUUUUUACCAGAAAAGGGAGCUAAUCAUGGCCUCCUUCAUAAGAAUAUUAGCUUUUAAAAUAGAUUGUAAAGUAUUUUGAAAUACUAAUUUUGAAUGUGAUGUACCCUUGAGUCAUCCAAGCUAGAUAAGGCCUCAGGUACCUUAAGACUAGUAAAAACUGGUAGGGAUUAUAUUCACCUCCUAAGAAAGUAUGUUGUGAAAUUAUUCAGAGAUUGGCAUCUAGCUUUUACUUAAACAAAAAGAUAAAUAUAUACUACUAUUUUUCUCAUAAUAAAAAUAUUACAUUUCCACUUUCAAAAUUGAUACAUUAAUAAGCAAAUUAAUAUGCUACAAAGUUCCUUAUGUUCCAUGUUAGGAAUAGUCGCUCUACCCCCAUGUGUGUUGAUACCAAAACCCUUAAGCUUUUUUUUUUUGAAUAAAUCCACAGUAGAAUUUAAUCAUAGAAAAGUACUUACCAUAUUAUAUCUUCAUAACUUGUAACUUAAAAUGGAAUUAGUUUAUCUUAUACAUUAGCUUGUUUUUUAUCUCCUUUUUCUGUGACAGUCAAAUACGGUAACCAUAGUGCCUAAGGGAAUGAGAAACAGUUCUCUGAAAAUACAUGUGUCUGUGAUAAAGCUAUGCACAUGCUAAUUAAUUUACAAAUAGAAUAUCAGAAGUACUCUAAUAGUUGCCACUUGAACAAUUGAAGGGUUUGCCUUAUUUUACCAGAUCAAGUUUAAUAAGAACCCUUUCCUUCAAACAGCUUUGGUCAAAUCAUGUAAAAUAUUUAUUAAUGUGUAAUCAAGUUAUUCAGUCCUGAUUCGAGCUUCUGACACUGCCAUAGGAAAGUAGCGUAGACCUGAUCAUAUAAAUCUUGACUAUAACGUAAUGGCUAUUUGAUGAUAAAAAAACUUAAAAAAAAUUUUUUAUGCCAUUUGCUUGUAUCCUAGCAACAGUCUUUUUACAGUAUUAGCACCCUUUCUUUUAAUAAGGAAUGCCUUCCAAGCAGCUAGAUUCACAAAAGCAAAGGUAGGAAAAAUCUCUUUUAGUUAUCAUCAGGCACUUAGAACAAAUAUUUAUGAAAACCCUUUUGUGUUUAUUGUAAACCUUGUUAGUCAUUUUAUCUUUAUCUUAAAUAUUAGAUGUAGCUUCUUGGAAUUGUCAUUACAUUUUUUUUUCUAAUGCUUUCAAGUAUCUUUUCACCAAUAUAUAAUCAUCAGCAAACACUAACCGUAUCUACCUUAUAUGUCAAAAUACGUUGGGCAAAUAAUCAUUUAAAUGUAAACUAUGUUUUUCCAAGUAUAAACUCUAAUGUGGUUCACCACCCCUCUCUAAUACAAAACAAAACACUAAUUAAUGCAGGCUGGUUCCCAUCUACAAUAAUAUCUUGAUAUCUUUUUUGUGUAUAUGUGAGGAAGCUCAGCGCUGAGCUAACAUCCAUACCAAUCCUCCUCUUUUUGCUGAAGAAGACUGGCCCUGAGCUAACGUCCGUGCCCAUCUUCCUCCACCUUAUGUGCGAGGCCGCCACAGCAUGGCCUGACAAGUGGUGCGUCGGCGCACGCCCGGGAUCCAAACCCGGGCCACCAGCAGCGGAGUGCACACACUCAACUGCUACACCACGGGGCCGGCCCUAAUAUCUUGAUAUCUUAAUAUAACAUUUUAAAAAUCACAAAAAUAAAACAUUCUAAAAUACAGCAAGGUAUUGGCAAAGUUAGCUAGUCUUCAUACAUUAUUAUUUUAGACCACUGAAUAAACUACCACUCAGUAAUUUUAAAGUAAACCUUUUUGCUGUUUUCUCCAUAUCAUUUUUGUUACUGUCCUAACAACAUGCUUCAACCUUUCCCUCCAUCAAAUUGUUUUAUUAACCUACACCUGUCUACCUUAAAACUACUUUGAUUCAUAGAAAGAAACCUAAAAAGAAUCUUUUAAAAUCCUGUUUUCAGUUUGUUGAUAAACUUCUUAUCACUUUGACCAUAUACCAUAAAACAAAGUUAUAACAGCUCUUUGUUCUCUGCUACACACAUCCUCUCUUCUUUCAUUCUCUCUGUCAUUCAUUCAAUGUCUGUGAGGCACUAACCUCUACAAAGAAUCAGCCAAAGGCUAGGAACUUGAUAUAAAAAUGAAUAUGACAUUUUCUGUCCUUAAGUUGCUCACAGUCUCCUGAGAAAAACAAAUAUUAUUUAUAAUACAAUAUGAUAAAUGCUAUAAAAGAAAUAUGUGUGAAGGGCUUUGGUGAAUGCUGUUGAAUUGGAAUUUAAUGAGAACAUGUAAACUUUAGACCUUUUUUAUAAUAAAAUACUUUUCUUUUGAAACAAAACAGAUUUCCUCUUAUAAUGAGUUAACCAAAUGAAGUAGGACAUUGGUGUUGACCUGAAUUACAUAGUGUUUUUAAUGACUUGUAAGACAUUUUUUCUCUUUAAAAUGAACACUGAACAAAUUUGUUGUUAAUGGUAUCUUUGUUAAAAGGAAAACAUAACAAAAUACUACAUCAAAGCCAAAUAUUGCAGUUUGAUAUUUUUAUAAAAUAACAAACUCUACUAACAGAGAUUUUUAAAGAUAAUUUAACUCGGAGUUGUAAAGUUAACAAAGCACUAUAGCACGCAUUAGUUCUCUUACUCGUUCUUCACAAAUACUCUGUGUGGUAUAUGGUACUAUCUCCAAUUUACAGAUGAAGACAUCCUUGUUAAGGUAAUUUAUUCAUUCAGACAUUUACUGUGUGCCAACUGGCACAAGGUAUAGAAAUGCCAAUAACCUAGAAAGUUCUAGAUUGAACAUUGGUCUGUGGGCUCCAAAUCCUCUGCCCUCCACAUUAUAACUCUCUGUUAAAUAUAUGAAUCAUAUUAUUAAAAUAACAAAUCGUGUAUCUCAAAAAAACUAAAAAAAUUUUAUAUGUGUAUACAGUAAAGGUAGCUUUGAAGUCAUUGUUGAUCUCUUCCAGGUAGACUUUAUAAUGCUUGUAUUUUAUCUCAUUUCUCAAUGUUAGCAUUACGGGUAAAUUUUAAUUUUGGUGUAAUAUAGAAACGGUUCAUCUUUAUGCCACAAUAUGGGAUUCUUUUAGUAUUUAGACAGUUGGAAACUUUUUUAAAUUAAUGUUUUUGUAAUGUAUAUUAAACAAUAUCAUAUUGUAGUAACAAAAAAUGUAUUCUGAGUAUGUUGAUAUUAAAAACUUUUCCCCAAGGAAAUUAUUGUCAUGCCUGUUAUUUCCAAAAAAUGUAAACAAAGGAGUCCUUCCCCUAAAAUACUUUUGUAGAAGUCCCUCUCCCUAAAUUGAAGCAAACUGUAAACAAAAUAAAGAUAUGUAAAGCCUGGAAGAAUUAUCAUUUUCAUUUUUGUGGCUCAAGUUAUAUCUAAACAUACAUUAGUUUACUUGCACUGUUUUAAACACUGUUUAUGUAAUCUAAACCAGAUAUAUCAAGGCCUAUAAAAAUUGUC